GUUUUUUUUAAAGAGCAGCUCAGGUGAGAGGAAUGGCUGGAAAACAUAAAAAACACCAAAUACCUUUAGCAGCUGAUUGUGAUGGAUGUUUUGAGUGUUUAAGCUCAUGUUGAAGUGAUUUACAGGCACAAGGACAGUAUGUGAUUCUCAGAUUCCCAGUGAUUACUUUUGCACAGACGGGGUUGGUAAUAUAAUGUCCCAGGACAGAACGAGUCACAUGUGAGGGGUGUGAAGAACAGGUGGGACAGAGGGAUGUUUAAAAAAGGGUUGGAUGGAGGAAUGUAGAACAAGACAGGAUAGAAAGAUGGAGACGGCGCUAACAGAUGGACUGAAGAGGGAUUAUGGAUGCUCUUCGUAGAGUCUGACACUAAUUUCCAAGGAAAGGCAGGAAAAGGAGGAGAUUUGGGCAGGAUUGUACCAAAAAAAGGGGAAAAGCUGAAAUAAUCGCAAAAAGGAUAAGAAGGGAAACUGCUUUCUAAAGCAAAGAGACGACGACCUUCUGUGUUUAACACCUACACAGAAGGAACAAAAAUACGACGAUUAAUGGAUCGACAUAGGAGGAAAUUAUUCAGAAGGACAUGAUGUAAGAAGAUUAACUGUCAGGUUCUUCCCUUAUCUGACCCUCUCCUUUAAUAAAUCCACAUCUUCAUUUAUCCUACCAUCUGCCAUAGUGAUCUCUCUUAUUCAUUUCUGCUUAAUACCAUUUUCUCAAUUCCUUUGUCAUCCCAGAAGACAUAUUUUGCUUAAUCAUCCCGGAUUGCCCUUCAUACAGCCAGCUCUGCCUUCUCUCUGGUUAGCAUGUUGGAGCACAUGUCCAGACGCUCUCGUUCCCUGCUCUCUCUUAUCCUGACCUCCCUCGCCCUCGCUUUAUCUGUGCUGGCUUUCUGUACGUCCUACUGGUGUGAGGGAACGCACAAGGUGGUCAAACCUCUCUGCCUUUCACCUGUCAAGAUGAAGAACUGCGGACAGAACGACAGCGAGCCUUACACUACAGAAAGCCCCACUCCGGACCCACGGGGCCCAUUACCAACAUUAUCAACAAAGCGGAGAGAGGAACUUGCCAGGAUUCGCCAAAGGCAAUUAGCCAAUGCAGUGCAGUACAUCUGGGAGACGGGAGAAGACAAGUACACCUUCAGAUAUUUCCACACAGGAUUCUGGCAGUCUUGCGAAAAACAUGCUGAUGGAGAACGAUGUCGUCGGUUCAUGGAUCUCACUCCUGGAGAGACUCAUGGUGUGCUGUGGUUGUCAAUGGUCGCAGAGUUCAUGUACAUCAGUUUGUUGGGCAUGGGCUUCCUGCUUAUGUGGGUGGAGGUGUUGUGCGCCCAUAAAGAAAUGCAUGCGCUCAAAAUCAACGCAUUCGCUGCAAUGUGCACUGUGCUCUCAGGAUUGUUAGGGAUGGUGGCUCAUAUGAUGUACACCACCGUAUUUCAGCUGACUGUGAUUGUGGGGCCCAAAGACUGGAGGCCUCAGACGUGGGACUAUGGCUGGUCAUUUGCGCUAGCAUGGGUGUCUUUCAGCUGCUGCAUGGGCGCUGCAGUCAUGACCCUUAACUCUUACACUAAAACAAUCAUCGAGAGGCAUCACCGCCAGAGGCUUCGGUUAGAGGAGGCCCGCGCCACAACACACGCUCCAUCCUAUGAUGAGGUGGUGCCGGGGGGCGGCCUGUACUCCAUUAGCGGCCUUUUACAGUGUCCCAAUGGGAUGAUUGACUCUGUGUGGGCAUCAGAUGGGAGCAUGGGACUGGUGCAGCAGGGGGAUGUGCCCACUCUGGUACUGGUUGGAGGAUGCGGAUCAGAUUCGUGUGAAGACUGCGAGAGAGAAAUGGACGAGAUGAAGCUGACCAUGAAUGGAAUUGACUCUCCUUGCUAAAAGAGGAUAAUGUGAGUUGAAGUGUUAGUUCAUCCAAAAAUGAGAAUUCUGUCAUUUUAAAGGGGUUCUUGAUUAUGGUUUGACUAUUUUAUGUUUAGUUAGUGUGUUGUGUUGCUGUUUGCUAAACAGCAUCCUCAAAGUUAGAGCACUCAAAGUUUAAAGCUCAGGGAGGUAAUUUAUUUUACAGAAUUAGGGUUUUUUAAUACUUUGUGACAUCACAAAUCUUACAAUUUUACCUAAACCCCACCCUCAGGCCUGUCUUUUUAAAAAAAAGUGUAUUAUGUGGUCAGCCAAUCAGAACACGAAGGGCUAGCUGACCCAUCAGACUUUUAUUAAAUCUGCGAUAAUAUAUUUCAAAUGAAGGGUUAUUUUAAAAUCUAGUGAAAAUCCAGCCAAUAUUAUGAUGUUUUUAAAGCUGGAAUCAAGUUUGGGCCAAAAAUAAUAAAUCAAAUAAUAUUUUGAAGAGUGAAAAAUGAAGGAUAGUAAAUAAUAAUAAUAAGUUGAAGCUAGUUAAUAUAGCUCUAAAAUUCCCUGCGUGUUCAAUACAAACUCACAAGCUGGAGAUCAAUAUCUAAAGUAUUAGUAAUUUAUUAAGUACAAAUAGAUAAUUUGAUUAGGAUCUUGGGUCACUCAAAUAUGUCCUAUCAGUUAUACAAUGCUAUCCAAGAGGACACAUCAGGCACUCUGCACGUGCCUGCACUGCACCCCUUUUCUUCACAGAAGAACUGAACAGUUAAAUGCACAUGCUUUGAGGCCUCCAUAGGCCCCAAUAUGUUUUCAUAAAGGAUAACUCAUAUAAGCAUUCCACUUUCAGCAAGCAUGUCUACAUUUUUGGUUACACAGAAAAUCAGAAGCGAGAGACACAUACUAUUUUUAUUGAUUCUGCUGCGUCUUUCUUGUCCAAAAUAGCUCCUUCUGAAAAAUGCAUCAUUAGUAAGCAAAACAUAUCUCACUCCAAGAAGAGUUUUGAUUAACGUAUCAUCUGUAAUGCCAAUAAUUUGACAUUUCUUUAGGCAAAGC